AGCACGAUCAGUAAUACUCUCAAUUAUAUUGCUCUACUCUAGAUCACAUUCGUAUCAAGGUUGAGGCGAAUUAAAGUCUCCUGGAGAACAUUUCUUUAAACAACUAAACAAAUACUAUUUUCAAAGAAUUAGCAGUUCGCUGCUUAAUCGCUGCGAAUGGCGACACUGGUGGCCGUCAAGCGCGAUCCGAAGAAGGGAUUUGGCAGCCUGGGACGACCCGUUCCCCUGCAGGCCAACCAUUAUGCCAUCCGCACGCCCACAACGGGAUACCUGUAUCAUUACGAUGUGGACAUGGUCUUCGAGAAGAGCGACCCGGCCGCUGGAGAGGCCCCGCGGACCGGGACCCAGCGGAAGGAGAAGAAGAAGGGCGAUAAUAAAGAUCCCAAAGCGGUUCCCCGGGUGCUAAAGCAGAAGAUCAUGGGGCUCUUCCUCAGCGCCCCGGCCGCACAGGCCUUCCUUAACGGCUGCAAACCGGCGUACGAUGGCGAGAAAAACCUGUACUCCGUGAAAGAAGUAAAGGUGGCUCCUGAUCACGUGUUUUCCGAGCUCGUAACUCUGCCCCGAGACGAAGAAGGGGGAGAACGAUUAGUGCGGGUCUCCAUCCAACAAUGCAAACCGCUGGCGAUAUCGUGGGUGGAUUUGUACGACUGUAUGGCCGGAAAGCGCGAUACCAUGCCGAUUGUUAUUCUGCAGUGCAUUAACACGGUGUUUCGACAAGCAGCUCUGUCAACAGCAACCAAUAUCGCGAUCCGGCGAUCCUAUUUCUCGCGGCAUCUAGCGGAACCGGUGCCACUCGGGCAGGGAAGGGAUAUGUGGACGGGAUAUUAUUCCAGUGCCCGUCCCACGCAGUGGAAAGUCAUGAUCAACCUGGAUAAAUCGCACACGGUUUUCUAUGGCAAACAAGAGUUGCUGGGCUUCUUAUCCGAGUUACUCAACGACUCACCGUCUAGCUUGAACGUGAUCCAGCGGAAGACGUUUGAGAAGGAAAUCAAAGGCUUGAAGGUGGAGACCAAGCACAGCGGUGGUAUCCGCCGCGUUCGCGUCACCGGGGUGACCGAGCAGACCGCGGAGAAGCUCUUCUUCGAUUUGAAUGGGCAGCAGAAAAGUGUAGCGGAUUAUUUCAAGUCGGAGUACAAUAUCGUGCUGAAGCAUCGUGGACUGCCUUGCUUAAAAGUUGGAACGAAGGGAAGCUAUUUGCCAUUGGAAGUCUGCAGCUUGGCAGAGCAGAAAUGCGACAAGCGAAUGACCGGCGAGCAGACGGCGACCAUGGUGAAGAAAUGCACGCAGACAGCAAAUGACCGCAAACGAUUCGUGGAGAAUACCCGUCGCAACGGUGUUAAAUACGAUACCGACCCGGUUCUGAAAGAAUUCGGUAUCACCGUGGAUAAAGAGAUGGCCAAAGUGGAAGGCCGGCAGUUGGAUGCGCCCACGAUUACCGCCGGAGACAAAGCUGUAACGGUGAAAUCAGCUGAUGGGACAUUCGACCCACGUAACAUUAGGUUCGCUACGCCGGGAUCAUUGAAGAACUGGGUGAUCAUCAGCUUGGUGGAUGAGCGGCGCGUGGACGUUUCCGCCUUCGUCGAAUCGCUGGUUAACAUGGGCAAGCAAAAGGGAAUGGACAUCGGAUAUCCGGAACAGCAGAAAGUCCCGAAAAUCACGGACUGGCGCAAUCCCGACUUUGUGCAAAUUAUGCGGCAGAUUAUUAAGAAUUUCGGGAGUGUCAAAGUGGAUUUGAUUAUGGUGCUGAUCAGUCAGGACACGCAGUAUCCCGAAGUGAAGAAAGCCGGGGACGUCAUUGUGGGAGUGCAGACGCAGGUCGUCAAGGGCUUCACGAUCCAGAAGAACAGCGGUCCCAAGUUGCAGCAGCUCGUGGGCAACGUGCUCCUAAAGGUCAAUGCCAAAGUGGGCGGUGUCAAUGUGCAUGUGUCCAAUUUCUUGACGGCGAAGGAUAAACCGCUCCCGCGGAUGUUCGAGCACCUGAAGCGUUUUGUGGAAAAGCCAACCAUCGUGUUUGGAGCCGACGUUACGCAUCCGUCACCGGGCGAGUCCAAAGACAAACCCUCGAUUGCGGCGGUCGUGGCCAGCCACAACCGGACCUUCACAUCGUACAGUGCCCGCGUCAGUGCGCAGGGCCAUCGCCAGGAGAUUAUGGCCGACUGUCUGCGCGAUCUCAUCGCCGAACUCAUGAUUGAAUUCCGGCAUCGCAACGGCGGCCGCAAACCGGAGCGGGUGAUUUUCUACCGCGACGGCGUCUCGGAAGGCCAGUUUGAGCAGGUGAUGCACCAGGAAGUGUACGCCCUGCAGCGGGCCUGUAACAAACUGGAGCCGGGCUAUCAGCCGCACAUUACGUAUGUCAUUGUGGGUAAACGUCAUCACACACGCUUCUUCUGCCAGAAUAAGAACGAUGAAGUGGGCCGCGGCGAGAACGUGCCAGCAGGCACUGUGGUGGAUAAGGGAAUUUGCCAUUUCCGGGAAAUGGAUUAUUUCCUGUGCAGUCAUGGAGGACUUCAGGGAACAUCUCGCCCAGCGCAUUACAACGUCCUGUACGAUGACGCGGACUUCACGGCCAACGAAAUCGAGCUGUUCUCGUACUACCUGACAUACUGUUACGCGCGCUGCAACCGCAGUGUCUCCAUUCCGGCCCCGGCGUACUACGCGCACCAUGUGGCAUUUCGCGCGCGCCACCACCUUUCGGACAGUGGAAUUGACACACUGAGUACUCCGUCGUCUGGAUCCGGAUCGGGCGCCUCCAUCGACAUCAAACUGUUGAACGAGAAAAUCAAAAUUCACGAAAAUUUCACGGAUCCAAAGGGCAAGAAUAACAUGUACUUUGUUUGAGAACGGACUGCGCAGGAAGGCGAGGAAUGGCUCGGUUUUCAACGGCAACUCAACAAGACUGAAUCAUCUACAUACGUUACCUUCUACAAGAAAUCGCAUCGUUUGUCCGCUAUCGUUGUUUCUGCCCUAUUUAAAUGUACGCAGUGUAAUUUUAGGAAAGUUUUUCAGACUUCACUGUUUGGUAAUCGUCGGUUCUCUUCUUUUCCAUUUAUGAAAUCGGAAGCUCUUCUCAUAGGAUAUUUAUACUCUAAAUUUGCUCUUGCUGUCACUAUAUUGCCCGGCUUUUCGCGAUCUCUUUUCUCCUUUAUUUAAACAAGAUACUAAUACGAAUUCUUAACGUGUUAUAAUAUUGUGAAUGUCUGUUUGACGCGUCUUCUGAAUCAAAAUGUCUUUAUUGAAUUCCAAGCGCUUGUUCCGCGUGUACAGAGUACGUAUAGCUAUAUCGCUAUACGUAUUUCAUCAAUAAAACUGGUUGGCUCACGGCGAU